AUCUAAGUAUGAUUUGAAUUUGUGAUACAACUUCAGGUGGGUUUUCCCGUAAUAAGUACCAUGGCUAGACAUAAAGAUUGACUUGUGUUUCUAUUUGACCUCAAAGUCGGAUUUCUUAUUUUUGACUCUGCGUAGUUCGAGUUCCUCUUCCUGGCCUCGCCUCAUCAUUUCCCCGCGUGGAAGAGAGGGCAAAAAUGGUAGAAGCGACCUCAAGCGACCUUGCCAACUCUUCUCGGGUGGUUUUGAAGAAUAUUCCGCCCUAUGUUUCGGAAGCGAAGCUACGGGAGCGCUUCCGCGCGCACGGAUCCUUGACGGAUGUGAAGAUUUUGACGACGAAGGCCGGCACCUCACGGCAGUUGGCGUUCCUUGGGUUCAAGACGCCGGAAGAGGCCAGAAGGUAUGGAUUUUCUAGGUUUUUUGUUUUUGUUGGUCGUUCUCCUUGCUUGAUAUCAUCAUGUGUAGCACUGGGUAUGGGAAGAUCUUGAUGUGUAGUCGUGUAAGAAAGUACUUCUGAAAUCGACCCCCGUCGCCGAUUAACGCAGGUGUGUGAAGGCCAACCACCGAACUUUUUUCGACGCUUACAAGCUCCAAGUAGAGAUCGCAAAACCCGUGGGCGACACGAACCUGCAGCGACCCUGGAGCAAGCACUCGAAGGGGAGCUCAAAAUUCGAAAAGCAAUUGGCGAAGAGCAAAGUGGGAGGAGGCGAAGGAGCAGAUACAGUGCCAAACAAAACGGUGGAGGGUAUCGCAGGUGCGACUUCUGUCGCGAAGAAAUCUGCGAAAAGAUCCAAAGCAGAUGAAAAGAGCUUUGUCGCUGGACAGGGAGGAAGCGACGAAGCUGCAGCUCCUUCAACAUUGUCCCCGGCAAAAGCGUUCGGAGAGGCAGCCGAGAAAAAUGAAGACGAAGCUCUGCUUGCGGAUGACGAUAACGAUGACGAUUUUCUGUCCCGAUUCAAAACCAACGCCGACGAUUUGGAGUCAGACGGCGAAGACGCUGCAGGGCAGAAGCGGAAAGCAGACGAAAGAGAUCAUAACGCAGAAUCCGCGACCACCUCGCCUGUUUCCACUAACCAGGACGGAAGCUCCUCCGCUGCCGAUCGCGACAAGUUGUCAACAGCAAAGGAUGUUGAAACAGCCACUCCAGCAACAGGUGCCCCUUGUAGUUCCUCGUCGGCGGCGUCCACCGGACGUCUGUUCGUCACGAACCUGCCCUACAGCACUACCGAGGAGGAGCUAAAAGAUUUUUUCGAACGGUUCGGAAGAAGUAGCGGACAGAACACGACGACAGGUCCUCGUGACAUAGACAUAAUGGAGGUCGGCGAAGUGAAGAUUCCGAAAGACGAGGACACGAAGAAGUCCCGCGGCUUCGGCUUCGUCACCUACGUGUUCCCGGAGCACGCGGUCCGAGCCCUCGCCGAGUUGGACAAACAGUGCUUUCAGGGGCGCCUGAUUUCCGUCCAGGACGCGAAGGAACAGACUUCGAAAGACGGCGGGGUUGAGACGGAAGCAGGGGGUGCUACCAGCAUGUUGACGGGUUUAUCGAGUGCAAACAGCCACAGCAAGGCGGGUGCUGCUGAAAAAUCUUCCUACAAGCGGCAGAAGCAGCAGGAGCUGAAGCAGCAGCAGUCGGAAAAGAUCUGGAAUCUGCUUUACAUGUCGGCGAAUUCCGCGACCGACGCGAUGGCGAAGCGGUAUGGCGUUCUCAACUGUUACAUUCUCAACUGUUUACGUGAUUUGUCAUGCAAAUUUACCACCAAGAUCGCCACGAUUCAGCUGCUUCGCAUGACAAAUAUCCGAAGGGCUAAACAGAAUCUAAAUCUGUGCCAAAUCUGUGAUGCAAAAGGCGCAAUCUUCCCCCUUUCACUUUCGCCGUUCUUGCAUUACAAAUUCAUGUCACAGUUGAGAAUGUAACAUUUGAGAACGCCAUAAGCGGCUCGGCGUGGAGAAACGCGACCUGCUUUCCAAGGAGCACGACAAACUGGCAGUCACGGUGGCUUUGGGCGAGACGCAAAUCAUCGCGGAGACGAAGCGGUGGCUGGAAAAGGAAAACAUCUGGGUGGACGCCUUCACCAGAAGUGGCAAAACCCUGCUCUCCGCGACCGAAAACCCGUUCGAGGAAAAAGCGGCAGCAAUCGGAGGUGCAUCAUCUUCGGCAGGAGCUUCCUCUUCUUCAUCGACAACAGGAGGCCCACAGCAGCCGGUGCAGCACCGGCGCGCGAAAGACGUUUUUCUGGUGAAACAUCUGCCCGCCGAGUCGGUGUCCGAGGCGGAGCUGCGGGAGCGAUUCGCGCGGUUCGGCGAAAUCCGGCGGUUCUGUCUGGCGCCGUCAAAAACGGUGUGCGUCGUGCAGUUUGCGAGCAGUGUGGAGGCGGAGCGGUGCUUCAACAAAGUGAAUUUCUCCCGGUACAAGCACGUUCCCUUGUUUCUGGAAUGGGCACCCGAACAGAUCUUCAGGAACGCAGGGGAACUACCUAGUAAAGAUCAGGCGACCAAGAAUCAGAAGGUACAAGAAUCUGCUGGGGUAUCAGGUGAUGCGACGUCUGCAAAGCAGGGUGCAAAUGGCGACCAGCAAGGUGAAGAACAAACGACUGACCAGCAGCACCCUUCGUGCAGCAUUUUCGUGAAAUAUCUGAACUUCAACACCACCGAGAUGAAACUGGAGCAGAUCUUCCGGCAGCACGAGGGCUUCAAAAAGGUCACUCUGAUGAAGAAGAAGGGCUUAUCGUCAACCUCCGACAGCGCAGCAAAGCAAGUGUCGAUGGGGUACGGAUUUAUCGAGUACCAAACUAUGCAGCAGUGCGAGGCCGUGGUCAAAAAACGGCAGAACAUGCCCCUGGACGGCCACGUACUGCAGCUGCAGGUGUCGGACCGGAAAAAGGCGGGGCAGUUUAAGGACAAGCAAAAAUCUCUGGCCGGAGUAGAGAUAUCAUCAACGUCGUCUAGGAGAAAAAACAACGCAGAACAGGACGCCGAUUCUGCGGCCAACGGGGACGAAAAUAAGCCGCUGUCCAACAAGCUGUGUGUGAGGAACAUCGCUUUUGAGACGACGAAGUCUGAGCUGCAGCAGCUCUUCGCACCCUACGGGACGGUGACCUCUCUGCGCCUGCCGAAGAAGGCCGACCGGUCCGGCCAGCACAGGGGGUUCGCGUUUGUGGAUUUCCUGACGAAUAUCAAAUGUAAAAAUGUCUGGGUCUGGAAGAUUGCGAGAUUUGUCAUGCACAUUUUGCAUGACUCCCGAUGUCUGUGAUGCAUGCCCUAGCAUCACAGAUUUUGCGAGGGCUUCCUGAUGCCUAUACCGCAUGACAAAUGCUCUCUCCGUGUACGCAAAACUUGGACUCUCUUUGCUGCUCAUGCAAUACAGAUUUUUUUAGAAUCCAAAAUCAGCAUGACAAGUUGGAUUCUUCCAGACCCAGACAUUUUUACAUUUGAUAACGAAAUCCGACUGCUUGAACGCGUUUGAAAACCUGCAGCACACACACUUGUACGGCCGGAAGCUGGUCUUGGAGCCCGCAGAGAAGGAAGCGCUCACGCUAGAGGAGAUCCAAGCCGCGCAAGUCUUGAAUUUGACGAAGCAGUCGGAAAAGGAAAAGCGAAAAAGGGAGAAUGUAGUUGAUGCUGGUAGAAGUACCGCAACGGCUUCCGAGCAGAAGAGCGCGGGAUCAUUCGCUGCGCAAGUCUUGGAAGACGGCGGACACAAGGGGAAGAAUUCCUCGACUGGGAAACCCCCGAAAAAGAAACGGAAGAUUGCAAAAUCGUAGAACUUGCAAAAGAACGGGUACAAAAGUUGCAAAAGUCCGUAGAAAUUGCAAAAUCCUAGAACUCUUAAACCGAAUAUCUUCUUCGCUUUCACUUGACAAAGCUUUGAGAAGCUUGACUUUUCCGCCCGAUGGGCGUUAUGAAAGCUAAGCACCCGCGAAC